GGUUUUCCAACAAAUAGAUGCUGCAAACCACAACACCUGUGACCGCCAAUGGGAGGGUUGAGUCCCCUCAGCCUUUCAGCCUCCCUGACAUCCACAGCGAGAAGUGAUGCAGCGCGACUGAGACGCGCAGUUGAGGUGGAACAACGGGCAACAAAAAAGCUGCAGUGAACGGAUACACACGGCUCCCGACGUGCGCCGAGGAACAAAAACCCUGCUAGAAUAAACUUCAUUAUAAGGUGCUGUUUGCUGCCCCAUGUGAGUCAGAGGAGCCUUUCCUGCUUCAGUAGAUUACAGCAUGUGGACUGAUCCGAUACUCUGACCAAAAACCACCGGACACAGACCGCUGAGGGGGGGGAGAAGCCUGAAGGUUGUGGUGGUGGUGGUGUGGCCAUGGAUAGAAGGAGAGUUUGCAUGUUUAUGUUGCUGUGGGCCAUGGCUCACCUCAGCUCUCCAGGAAACGGGCUCAGGGCCCUGCGGAGGACUACAGGGGGGCGGAAGGGGUCCACGGGGCUGACGGGAGAGGACGCCAAUGGCGUGCCGCUCAGACGCUCCAAACGAGGUUGGAUGUGGAACCAGUUCUUUUUGUUGGAGGAGUACACCGGGACAGACAUGCAGUAUGUCGGAAAGCUUCACUCAGAUUCGGAUCGAGGAGAUGGAAGCGUGAGGUACGUCCUCACGGGGGAGGGAGCGGGGACUCUCUUCAAGAUAGACGAGAAGUCGGGGGACAUCCACGCCACCAAGAGGCUGGACCGGGAGGAGAAGGCCUACUACAUUCUCCACGCCAAGGCCGUCAACCGCUUCACCAACGAGGCGCUGGAGGGUCAGUCCGAGUUCAUCAUCAAGAUCCACGACAUCAACGACAACGAGCCUCGAUUCACCAAGGACCCUUACAUGGCCAGAGUCCCUGAGAUGUCUGACAUCGGCACCUCGGUUAUUCAGGUGACAGCCACAGACGCAGACGACGCCACGUACGGGAACAGCGCCAAGGUGGUGUACAGCAUCCUGGAGGGGCAGCCGUACUUCUCUGUGGACCCAGAAACCGGCCUCAUCAAGACCGCCCUGCCCGGCAUGGACCGAGAAGUGAAAGAAAACUACCAGGUUGUGAUCCAGGCUAAAGACAUGGCCGGGCAGAUGGGCGGGCUCUCCGGCACCACGACCGUCAGCAUCACCCUCUCGGACGUGAACGACAACCCGCCACGCUUCACCAAGACCCUGUACGAGUUCAGAGUGCCCGAGUCCAACGAGCUCGGGUCUGUGGUGGGAGUGAUCCGGGCCAUGGACGCUGACAUCGGCGAGAACGCUGAGAUGGACUACAGGAUCAUCGGAAGUGACGGUCCCGGCAUGUUUGAUGUCGCCACCAACAGGAGCACGCAGGAAGGCGUCAUUGUGCUGAGGAAGCCUCUGGACUUUGAGCGUAAGCGUCAGUACAGUCUGCGUAUUCAGGUGGAGAACUCCCACAUCAACCCUCGCUUCUUCUCCGUGGGCCCCUUCAGGGAUGAGGCCACCGUCAAGAUCAUCGUGGAGGACGUGGACGAGCCGCCCGUGUUCGAGCGCUCCAGCUACGUCAUGGAGGUCAAAGAGGACGCAGCCAUAAACACUGUCAUUGGAUCCGUCAGCGCGUCUGAUCCUGACGACAAAAACAGUCUUGUCAGGUAUUCCAUCGAGAAAAGCAGCGACCCCGAGAAGUUCUUCUACAUCGAAAUCACAACCGGGUCACUGAUGACGGUACGCUCGCUGGACCGAGAGGAGAUCGGCUGGCACAACAUCACCAUCCUCGCCAUGGAGAUGAAUAACCCCACACAGAUCUCCAGUGUGUCGGUGGCUGUGAGGGUCCUGGAUGUCAACGAUAAUGCCCCCUCACUGACGCACUACCUGGAGGCUUAUGUGUGUGAAAACGCCAAAGCAGGACAGCUGAUCCAGACGGUGACGGCGGUGGAUCCAGAUGAGCCACUGGGUGGACAACAUUUCUACUACAGUUUGGCUCCAGAGGCCGCCAACAACCCCAACUUCACCCUGAGAGACAACCAAGACAACACAGCGUGGAUCCUGACGCGACGAGGAGGCUGGUCUCAGCAGGACCAGACAGUCUUCUACUUACCCAUCUUCAUCUCUGACGGCGAGCAGCCGGUCCAGACCAGCACCAGCACGCUGACAAUCCGCGUGUGCAGCUGCGACCACGAGGGCAAUGUCAUGUCGUGCAAUGCAGAGGCGUACAGCCUGCCCGCGAGCCUCAGCAGAGGGGCGCUCAUCGCCAUCCUGGCCUGCAUCUUCGUCCUGCUGGUGAUGAUCCUGCUCAUGCUCUCCCUGCGAACCCAUCGGAAGAAACCCUAUCUGUGCGACGAGGAAGAGAACGUCCACGAGAAUAUCGUGCGGUAUGAUGACGAAGGUGGCGGCGAGGAGGACACCGAGGCCUUCGACAUCGCCGCCAUGUGGAACCCACGUGAGGCGCACCACCAUCUGGGCAAAAUGAGACAGGACAUGCUGCCAGAGAUCGAGAGCCUGUCGCGUUAUGUCCCUCAGGCGUGCGUCAUGGGCGGCGGCGGGGACAGCAACGUUCACGGAUACGUGCUGGCGAAGCUCCUGGAGGCCGACAUGGACCCGUGUGCCCCGCCUUACGACUCCCUGCAGACCUACGCCUACGAGGGAGAAGGCUCGAUCGCUGAGUCGCUCAGCUCGCUCCAGUCGGGGACGUCCAAUACGGACCACGAGUACGACUAUCUGAACGACUGGGGGCCUCGCUUUAAAAAACUGGCGGAGAUGUACGGCGUGCUGGAGACAAACACUCCUCCGAUGUGGUAGAACAGCAGAACCUUUGCCUUUUUAAUCUGACAAAAAUGGCCAACAAAAGAGACAAAAACAUCAAACAGACAAAAAUGUGUGCACAAUAAAGCCGGGAUGUGCUCACGCCUGCAUCCAUGACUGUUAGCACUUGAAUUCCUGCCGAAGCCUCGAUUCUCCGCAGCCUUGAAGGCCUGAGACGCCCGCAGCAGCAGCAGUGUGAGCUGGUUUUAAAUCUGCCCCCCAGAGACUGAGGCUGGAUUGGCAGCCAUGCAAGACCCGCAAAGGAACGGCUUCAAAGCACAU